AUGGCAAAGAUGAAUCUCUCUUCCUACAUGUUAAUGCUGGCUUUCUCUUUGUUUUCUCAAGGUAUUUUACUUUCAGCUUCCAAGUCCAUAAGGAAUUUAGAAGACGACAUAGUGUUUAAUACCUUUAGGAUGGGCAAAGCCUUUCAGAAGGAAGAUGCAGCAGAAGGAUCAGUUGUUGCUCCUUCUCUGGAACAGUACAAAAACGACCAGAGCAGUUUCAUGAAUGAUGAUGACAACAAGAACUCAAAGAACACAGGCUCCAAACAGAAUCUCGUAACUCAUGGUCUGCCACUGAGUCUGGCUGUAAAACCUUACCUCGCUCUGAAAGGAUCUGUAGCCUUCCCAGCUGAGAAUGGAGUUCAGAAUACUGAGUCCACACAGGAAAAGAGAGAAAUUGGGGAUGAAGAAAACUCAGCUAAAUUUCCCAUAGGAAGGAGAGAUUUUGACAGUGAGUAG